CUGACGAUAAACCCCUUUGCUCCUCCUCAGGUACACUGGUCCAGAAUACUGUGGGAUCAUGAGCGACAAGAAGGGGCCUUUCUCUGGGUGCCAUGGUAAGGUGCCCAUAGCAGAGAUUGCGUCAGACUGUUUGUAUGACGUCUGCAUCAAUGACGGACGGGAAGAAGUACUGUGUGAGGCCCUGAGCAACUACAUGGCAGAGUGCCAAGAGGUGGGAGUGUCUGUGUCGUCAUGGAGACAACUGGGCAACUGCUCUCUUGACUGUCCAGCCCACAGCCACUACAGCAUGUGCGGCUCAGCGUGUCCCCCCAACUGUGGUGCUCAGCCGGAGGUUUGCCCUAAGAUCUGUGUGGAAGGCUGUUUCUGUGACAAGGGAUUUGUGCAGAGUGGUGAAAAGUGUGUUAUCAGGGAGACGGGCUGCGGCUGUAGCCACGAGGGCCAUUACUACGAACCGGGUGACAACUUCUGGGCCGACUCGCUGUGUAGCGAGAAAUGUGUGUGUGAUGCAGCGACACAAAAGGUGAAAUGCGAGAAGGCCGGCUGUCGAACCGGAGAGAAGUGCAGCGUCGUGGACGGGGUGCAAGACUGCUACCCAGUCGGCUUUAAGUCUUGCAGCGCACGCGGAGAUCCGCACUUCCUCUCCUUCGAUGGACGCAAGUUCGACUUCCAGGGCAACUGUGUCUACAGGCUGGCCAGUGUGCGUGCAGGCACCACGGGUCUGACGCACUUUGAGGUCACCCUGGAGAAUAACAACCGUGGCAACAAAAGAGUGUCAUACGCUAAAGUGGUGACUGUUAAUGUCUAUGGCAGCACGUACACGCUGUCAGUGGACUACCCAGGCAGAGUGCUGGUUGACGGGCUUGAAAACAACCUACCCUUCACCAAUUCAACCAAUCACUCAAAUGUCCAGGUUCAUAAGAGACACAGAGAGGCUAUCAUUGAGACCACCUUUCUGAAG